AUGAGAUGCCAAGGAAGAUCAACAUAUAGGCCUAUACCAAGAUGAAGUUUAUGAGCUUCUGAGCUGACUGUGACUCUGCUUGAGCCCAGUCAUGAAGAGUCUCAAGAAGAGGAACCACCAACUGAAAGUCAGGAUCCUACACCUGGUCAGGAAAGAGAAGAAGAUCAGGGUGCAGCUGAGAUUCAAGUGUCUGACCUGGUAGCUGAUCUCCAGAAGCUGUCUCAGUCAAAGACUGGGAAUGAAUGCAGAGAUAAUCCUGAUGUCGAGGGGAAGAUUCUGCCAAAACUAGAGCAUUUUAAAAUGCCAGAAGCAGGGCGUGAUUUGGAAGCUUUUCAACAGGAAUUGGCUCUGGUCAAGAUAGAGGAUGCACCUGGAGAUGGUCCUGAUGGCAGGGAGGGGACUCUGCCCACUUUUGAUCCCUCUAAAUUGCUGGAAGCAGGUGCAGUUUAUCAGAGUAAGGAAGUUCUGUUCCUGGUUUUCUAA